AUGGGCAUCUUGCCUUACCCAAUGGCUGGAUUCUGAACCCAUAAUAUUGCCAAUUGCGAUAAUGGGUAGCAGCCAUCAAUGAUCCAAUCCUUCUCGGUGGAGCAGCAAAAAUAGGCAAUGUUCGAGUAUGGACGGUGAUGGUGGUUGUGGAUUGGAUGACACAUGACAGUGAAGCUUGGGACGGCCAUGGCAGGACGUGGGUCGGAAGAAGAAAGAGGAAAACCCCACUUUCAAAGUUGAGAAAAGGCGAUGGAGGCUGUAAUGGCAAUGGCUAUACAGAGAGAGAGAGAGGAAAAUUGUAACCAUAACCCCACAAACCAGAGUUACCGGAAAGCUUUACUCUGCCACGUAGCGGAGUCCUUUUUCCAACAUGUGCAUCUCCUCCACAUUCAACCCCCCAAUUCAAUCUCUUCCCUAUAUAUAUUCUCUCUCUCUCUCACCCAUCUUUUCCUUCUCUGUUAUCCUCUUUCCGCUCCUCAUUUCCGUUCGGUUCACGGGACUCUCCAUUUUACCCACUACAAUUCAACCAUCGUCCUGUGGAGCGGGCUUCACGCGGCGCCUAAUUUCUCUGGUUCUUGGCCUCCGGAUGAAGUUUAUGCGAAUUCUUCUUCCUGUGUUGGUUAACUCGUAAGCGAUUUUUGUGAUGAUUAGAUGAAACUUAUAGAAAUGGGGAAGAAAUAUGGGAUCGUGCGAAUUGGUUUUGUUAGUGGAGGAUACAGCAUUUUAGUUACCCUUUGUCCUUCUGGUAAUCACGAGGAGAAAGGAUUGCAGAUUUAGCUGUUUGGCGUGGGAUCAUCACACACCAGACAUUGCCUUGUUCCGAUCAUAUUUUGAUCCCCACCAGGCCUUUUAAAUAUUUGCUUUUAUUAGUCAGCGGAUAUAGUAUCCUUUCUCUAGUUUCUCAUUAGAUUUUGGAAGUGCAGCUCUUUCAAGAUGUCUUCUCCAAGCAAAAGGAGAGAAAUGGAUGUCAUGAAAUUGAUGAUGAGUGACUACAAUGUGGAGAUGAUAAAUGAUGGACUCAAUGAAUUCAAUGUGGAGUUCCAUGGUCCCAAAGAAAGCUUAUAUGAAGCCGGCGUUUGGAAAAUCCGUGUUGAGCUUCCUGAUGCAUAUCCAUACAAGUCUCCUUCAAUUGGUUUUGUGAACAAGAUAUUCCACCCAAAUGUUGAUGAACUAUCGGGUUCUGUGUGCUUGGAUGUGAUUAAUCAGUCUUGGAGUCCGAUGUUCGAUCUUUUGAACGUUUUUGAAGUUUUUCUUCCCCAGCUUCUCCUUUAUCCCAAUCCUUCAGAUCCUCUUAACGGCGAUGCAGCAUCGCUUAUGAUGAAGGACCGGAAGCAGUAUGAUGAAAAAGUUAAAGAGUACUGCGAAAGAUAUGCGAAGAAGGAGAACGGCAUCAAAUGCACGGCAGAAGAUGAGAGUGAAGAGGAUGAAAUCAGCAACGAUGAUAGCGGUUCAAGCGACGAUGAUGUUGCUGGACAUGCAGAUCCAUAACUUGAAGCAUGGCACUAUACCUAAAUCAUUUCUCCAUUUAGCAGAAGCAACUUAAUUUACAUGUUUGUCGUUCUAUAUUUUUACUGGUUGUAUGAUUAUAUUGGAAAUGCCCCAUCAAAGUUUUAGAUGAUUCUUAGAUUUUCAUGGCAAUGCUGUAUUGGAAUGACUUCAUAUGUAAAAGCAGUCCAGUAGAGGACAUAAAGCAAGUUCACAAUAUUUUAUCAGUUAAUGAAAUAGACUGCAUGAGAUUACUUCA